UGAUGGCCGUGACCCGAUCUCACUCCCGUGUCGAUUACGCUAUUCACGCUGCUGAAGCUGUCCAUAACGCCCGCGGCGUUGACAAGCAGGUCGAUCCGGCCCCUAAACUUCGCCAGCCUGCCCUCCCGACUCGACAUCUAGUGGCCCGAAGACGAACGAAUCGCGCCAUGAAUAAAAGUUGGAACCCCCCAAAUAAACUCAACAAAAUAACUCAUCCAAAAGAGACGAUCGCCCGCAUACACGCCGUCCUCGCAGGCCCCGGGAUCAGUGAUAUCGGCUUGAUGGAAAUGGAACCGGCCCCGAUAAACAGUAUUUUGUAGAUCGAUUUUAAGCAAAAUCUUCUUUUCUGUCUUCCCUUGCCACACAGCCUCCCCGAGAGCUACACCUCCACUAAUACAAUCUUACCUCAUACUCAGAUGGUGCCAUCGGUGUGUCCCGCGGACAACGACGCCCAGCGCCCGAUGGUUCGACGAUAGAAGGAGGCCACAUGACGGCAAACCAACUCCAGCUCGGAGUACCACUCCCAUGGAAUACAGAGCAGGCUUUCUUGCUCCAGCUCAAACGUCCCUCGUCGCGUGCCUCGUGCCAACUCUAGUAGGGGGAGCGAGAUGGACAAAAAGCAUGGGCUUGGAAAGAACCACCCCCCACGCACCGUCAAGCCACC